GUGUAUCUGAGUCAUUUGACUUAUCCCCGGUUCUAUUAUUGUCCCAUUUUGCAGCUCUUUUUUUUUUAAAGAAAAAACAACCCAACUAUACACAGUAGUAGAUAGAACUUAUAAGCUAUAGUAUUAAACGUAAUAUUUGAUGCGUUUAAUUUGUUACUGGUGAAUGUUAACAAAAGUAGAUAAUGCAGUGGAAGGUUUGCAAUGAAUUAUAAUCUCGACAAAAAUGAGUAAAAUGAGUUUUUCUUUUAUCAUUUGUCCCUUUUUUUUCCCAAUCUUUUGUAAUCUUAUGGAAACAAGGAGAUAUAAUGGGUGGAUUAAUCUGAGGGUUUUAUGUAAUCUAAUUUUGUAAUUAAGGAAACGUUUGUUUUAAUUAACCCAAAUAUUUUUUUCUUUUGUUUCCUUGCAAAGCAGAUUCACUUUCCAAAUCAUCAUCUCUAUAACACACACACACACACACAUCAAUAGCUUUAUUUUUUUGUGAUCGUUCUCUAUCCUCCCCCAACCCAAACCUUUUCUCUGAUUUAUUGGUUUGUCUAUAAAAGCACGUCAGUUGGUUCUCUCCUCUUCGUCAACCUUCACCCACCACACAACACAAUCGCCUCUUCUAGAAUUCUCCUCCCCAGCAAAAAAAAAAAAAAAAAAAUCAAUUCGUCAAAUUCUCAUCAAUAAGUCAAUGGAAGAAGCUAAAGUGGAAGCAAAAGAUGGAACCAUCUCCGUUGCUACUGCUUUUGCCGGUCACCAACAAGCUGUGCAAGACAGUGACCACAAGUUCCUAACCCAAGCUGUUGAAGAAGCUUACAAGGGUGUUGACUGUGGUGAUGGUGGCCCUUUCGGUGCUGUUAUUGUCCACAAUAACGAGGUCGUCGCUAGCUGCCACAACAUGGUUCUCAAGUACACUGACCCUACUGCACAUGCCGAAGUCACUGCCAUUCGAGAGGCAUGCAAGAAACUUAACAAAAUCGAGCUCUCGGAAUGCGAGAUUUACGCAUCCUGUGAGCCGUGUCCCAUGUGCUUCGGAGCCAUCCAUCUCUCCAGACUCAAGAGAUUGGUAUAUGGAGCGAAAGCUGAAGCAGCCAUAGCAAUCGGGUUUGAUGACUUCAUAGCUGAUGCUCUUAGAGGAACCGGUGUUUACCAGAAAUCUAACUUGGUGAUCAAGAAAGCCGACGGGAACGGAGCUGUGAUUGCUGAACAAGUGUUCCAGAACACUAAGGAGAAGUUCCGUUUAUACUGAAGAGUUCUUCUCCUUCUUCACCACACAUCCUUCUUCUUCUCCUUAUUCAUGAUGGCAAUCAGAAGAAGAAGAAAGAAGAAAUGCACUUUGCUUUUAACCAAAUAAAUCUCUGUUUCCGAAUUGUUAAUUUCAGAAAAAAAAGAAAAAAAAUUCUCAAUUUCAGUUGACUUGAAUUGUUUUUCUUUUUCUCCAUUUGAAUUGAACUGGUAAAUACAUCAUUCUGUACACUUUUUUUUAUCAAAUCGAAUUUUCUACUUUCUGUUA